GCUCCCGCACACCCUCUACCGGAGAACACAUCCUCCCGCGCGCCCGGUAAUCUACACCUCACACUCACUCGCGCCCGCCGCGGCUCCGGGAGAUCCGGAGGAACUCUUCCACGAGAGCCUGAACCCGACCGACAGCCUUCCCCCGAGAGACGCACCUGCUCAGAGUUCGGCUCGCGGACAGAGCGGGCUUCACGGAACCGACACCGCCAGGAUGGACAAACUUUUCGCGUGCCUCUUCACCGCGAUCGGCGUCCUGGUGUCCGCGCGAGCACAGGUGUUCAAAGGAGAUUGUGACUUUGAGAAGCCCUUCUCGUCGUGUGGGUACACCCAAGGGCGAGACGAUGACCUGGACUGGGAACAGAUUGACACCAGUGAAAAGUCUUCGCUGGACCCAUGGGUGCCACCGGGUUCUGCGUUCAUGAUGGUGAACUCGACGGCUCGGUUCUCGGGUCAGAAGGCUCUGCUCUUCACGCCGCAGCUGAAGGAGAACGACACACACUGCGUCAUCUUCCAGUAUUACCUGGCGGGACGAGAGGGAGGACGGCCGGGACAUCUGAACGUCUACAUCAAGGAGAACAACAGCCCGAUGGGUUUACCCGUGUGGAACACGUCUGGACCCGCUGGACGCAGCUGGACUCAGGUGGAGCUCGCCAUCAGCACUUACUGGCCCAACUUCUACCAGAUCGUCUUUGAAGCGGUGACCUCGGGGCAGCGCGGCUUGCUGGCCAUCAAGGACGUGGUCCUCCAGGGCCAUCAGUGCAUGGACACGCCACACUUCCUUCAUAUCAAAGGCGUGGAGGUGAACGCUGGACAGUCGGCGACCUUCCACUGCACCGUCAACGGAGAAUGGAGAGACAACUUCAACCUCUGGCUGCAGGGAAUCGGUGGUCGGGAAGCUCCUAUGAAAGCAACCAAACCAUGGAAUAACCAGCGGUUUAUCGGCAUGUUUGAUGUAGUGAACACAACCAAACAGGACUCCGGCCGUUACAGAUGCAUCGUCCACUCGAACACAGGGGUGGGAGUGUCCAACUACGGAGAGCUGACCAUCAAACAGCCGCCGGUUCCCAUCGCUCCUCCUCAGCUCAUGGCGGUCGGGGCCACGUAUCUCUGGAUCCAGCUCAAUGCGAACUCCAUCAACGGAGACGGACCCAUCAUCAACCGCGAGGUGGAGUACCGCACCGUCUCCGGCACCAUGUACGACCUGCAGCCCGUCGAUAAAACCUCGCACAAGAUCGGCCAUCUGGACCCCGACACGGAGUACGAGAUCAGCGUUCUGCUGACACGGCCCCUGGAGGGAGGAACCGGGGCCCCGGGGCCGCCGCUGAGAGCCCGCACCAAAUGUGCAGAGCCCAUGCACGGCCCGCGGAAGCUGAAAGUGGUGGACAUCAAGGCUCGCCAGGUGACGCUUCGCUGGGAGCCGUUCGGUUACAAUGUGACGCGCUGCCACAACUACAGUCUGACGGUUCAGUACCGCUCCAGAGGAGGAGGCAAGGAGGAGAGCAGGGAGGUGGCAUCAUAUGACAGCCGAAGCUCCGCCCCCCAGCACACCAUCCACAACCUCACGCCCUUCACCAACCUCAGCGUGAGGAUGCUGCUGCGCAACCGCGAGGGAGUCAGAGAGAGUCCCGAGAUCCACGUCCAGACCGAUGAAGACGUGCCGGGAGAAGUUCCUCUGGAUUCGAUCCAAGCCUCUGUGUAUGAAGACAAGAUCCUGCUGAAGUGGAGAGAACCAGCGCAGACCUUCGGCAUCAUCACUCAGUAUGAGAUCUCAUAUAAAGCCGUCAGCUCCUUCGACCCGGUGCUGGAUCUCUCUAACCAGAGCGGGAAGGUGGUUAAACUGGGGAAUGAAACCAGCAGUGUGUUUUUGGGUCUCUACCCGGGCUCCACGUACUCCUUCACCAUCAGAGCCAGCACUGCGAAGGGCUUCGGACCGCCGGCCAUCACACAGGCCACCACCAAGAUCUCAGCUCCGUCGAUGCCGGCGUAUGAUCAGGAGACUCCUCUGAACCAGACGGACAGCACGGUGACGGUGGUGCUGAAACCGGCUCAGAGCCGAGGCGCUCCUGUCAGUGUGUAUCAGGUGGUUGUGGAGGAGGAGCGUCCUCGAAGGGCUCGUGGAGGUGAAGUGGAGAUCCUGCGCUGUUAUCCGCUGCCGGUUCACUAUCAUAACGCCAGCGUGCUGAACUCUCAGUACUACUACAGCGCUGAGUUCCCCUCCGCAGGCGUCUCACAGCCGCAGACCUUCACCAUCGGAGACAACCGAACCUACGGAGGAUACUGGAACGCCCCGCUGCUUCCUCACAAGAGCUACAGCAUCUACUAUCAGGCCGUCAGCGCCGCCAACGGGGAGACCAAGAUCGACUGCGUCCGUGUCGCUACCAAAGCUGCUAUCUUGGUGACGCAGCUCACCACUCCUUACGUUCGCAUCGCUCCGGCCGCUGGAGACAGUCAGCUAACAGGUGCGGCGACGCACAAACCCAACGCGGUGGAGCCGGAGAAA